AUGGGCAAGAGGCAGUUCAGUGGGCUGGAAACCACCCUGAUCGUCCUCUUCUGCAUGGUGGCAGUCAUAGCCUGUGUCCUUAUUGGGCUUUUAGCAUCAGGACAGUCUGGAGUCAAAACUACAGAAUUUACGCCAGAAUGUUGGAACUUAUUAAUAGCAGAGAGAAUUGACUGCAUCCCGGAUCAAGUAGCAACAAAGAGUACCUGCACCUUGCGUGGCUGUUGCUGGAGUCCUGGGAGUGACACCAGUGUGCCCUGGUGUUUUUUCUCUUCAAACCAUGGGUACAAAGUGGAUGGGUCGACAAGAUCAACUCAGUCAGGAUUUGAGACCACAUUAACAAGGCUACCAUCACCUUCCCUCUUUGGAAAUGAUAUCGACACUGUCCUCCUCUCGGGAGAGUAUCAGACACCGAAUCGCUUCCGGUUCAAGAUCACUGAUCCUAAAACACAAAGAUUUGAAGUUCCACAUGAGCAUGUGCAAUCUUUCACGGGAUCCGCAGCAUCCAAUUUGAACUACAAAGUGGAAGUGAAGCAGAAUCCCUUUGGCAUCGUGGUGACCAGAGUGAGCAACGGCAGAGUGCUAUUUGAUACUACCAUAGGACCGCUGCAGUAUGCUGACCAGUUUUUACAGCUCUCAAUCAAACUACCUAGCAGCAACAUCUAUGGUGUGGGAGAGCACGUGCAUAAGAAGUACCGGCAUGAUGUUAACUGGAAAACCUGGCCCAUGUUCACCAGGGAUAUUGGCCCCUCUGACGCAAUGAAUAAUUUAUAUGGAGUUCAAACUUUCUUCCUGUGUUUGGAAGACAACACUGGAGCCUCCUUUGGUGUUUUCCUAAUGAAUAGCAAUGCCAUGGAGUUUGUGGUGCAGCCUGCCCCAGCAGUGACCUACAGAACCAUCGGUGGGAUCCUUGAUUUCUAUAUCUUCUUGGGGAACGCUCCAGAGCAAGUAGUCCAGGAGUACCUGCAGCUCGUGGGACUACCAGCAUUGCCCUCCUACUGGAGCCUGGGCUUCCAGCUCAGCCGCUGGAAUUACGGGUCUCUGGAUGAGGUGAAGAGUGUUGUGGAGAGGAACCGGGCGAUUGGACUCCCUUAUGAUACUCAGAUCACUGACAUUGACUAUAUGGAAGAAAAGAAAGAUUUUACUUAUGACAAAGUAAACUUUCAAGAUCUCCCUAAUUUUGCAGCUUAUAUGCAUGACUAUGGACAAAAAUACAUUAUCAUAUUGGAUCCGGCUAUUAGCACACAAAAUCUAGCUGAUGGUAGUCCAUAUGGAAGUUACGUCAGGGGACAGGACAAAAAAGUCUGGGUUAAUGAAUCAGAUGGAGUAACAGCACUAAUUGGGGAGGUGUGGCCAGGGGAAACUGUGUUCCCAGACUUCACCAGCACAGAGUGCACUAGCUGGUGGGUGGAAGAAUGCAAACUGUUUUAUGAUGUAGUGCCGUAUGAUGGGAUCUGGAUUGAUAUGAAUGAAAUAUCCAACUUCAUUCCAGGCUCGACAAAUGGUUGUGCGCAGAAUGACUUAAACUAUCCUCCUUUCACUCCCAGUAUUCUUGAUAAGGUCAUGUUUUCCAAGACACUUUGUAUGGAUGCAGUGCAGAAGUGGGGGAAACAUUAUGAUGUCCACAGUCUUUAUGGAUAUUCCAUGGCCAUAUCAACACAGAAAGUCAUUGAAGCACUGUAUCCUGGAAAACGAAGCUUCCUUAUUUCGAGGUCUACUUUCGCUGGAUCAGGAAAGCACACAGGACACUGGCUAGGAGAUAAUGCAGCAACAUGGGAUCACUUAAAAUGGGCAAUACCUGGAAUGCUGGAAUUUAACCUCUUUGGAAUUCCUUAUAUUGGAGCAGAUAUUUGUGGCUUCUUUGACGACACCACAGAAGAACUUUGCAGACGAUGGAUGCAAGUAGGAGCAUUUUACCCAUUUUCCAGGAAUCACAAUAGUGAAGGAUUCAUACCUCAGGAUCCAGCUGUGUUUGGACCUGAUUCAGUCUUGGUGAAAACCUCCAAGUAUUACUUGAACAUUCGCUACACUUUGUUACCCUACCUGUAUACACUCUUUUAUAAAGCCCAUACUCGAGGAGACACAGUUGUACGCCCAGUUUUGCAUGAGUUCUACUCUGACGAAGUGACGUGGACCAUUGAUAUGCAGUUCCUGUGGGGUCCUGGGCUGCUCAUUUCCCCUGUACUUGACCCGGGUAUGGAUACAAUUCAAGCGUACAUUCCUGAUGCAAUAUGGUAUGAGUACGAUACAGGGGCAAAAAUCUCAGUGAGAAAAGAAUGGACAGACCUGUACCUUCCAGAAGACAAAAUGGGACUUCAUUUGAGAGGAGGCUAUAUUUACCCAACUCAAAAUCCAGCUAACACAACAGUUGCAAGCCGUAAGAAUCCAAUGGGACUUAUAAUUGCCCUGGAUGACAACAGUGCAGCUUCUGGAGACUUGUUCUGGGAUGAUGGAGAAUCUACAGGUACAAUUGAGAGUAAAACCUACAUUUACUAUGAGUUUACAGUUUCCAAUAAUGUUCUACAAAUGAAUGCUAUAAACAGCAAUUAUGUUGAUCCAAACAACUUGAAAUUUGAAGAAAUCAAGAUAUUGGGAGCAGACCAGGAAAUAACAGCAGUUACUGUAUCUCAGAAUAAUGUUGUGCAGGAUUUUCCACUUAAUAUCACCUAUUAUCCUCUAGAAAAGGUUGCUCUCAUAACAGGACUUCAGCUUGAACUGGGGAAAUCUUACACAGUACAAUGGACUCAACAACUGAGCGUCAAUGCAAGGUUUAAUUGUUAUCCCAGUAUUGACCCAACACAAGAAAAAUGUGAAGAACUUGGAUGUGUCUGGGAAAUUUAUGAUUAUCAAAAUGCACGAUACGAGGUUCCUGUACCACUGAAUCUCCCGAGCUCCCCAACGAGCACGGACAACGACAGACUCUAUGAAGUAUCACUUCAGAAAAAACCAUUUGGUAUACAGGUUCUGCGCAAAAGCACAGGAACAGUCAUCUGGGAUUCGCAGCUGCCCACCUUCACGUUCAGCGACAUGUUCAUUCAGAUUUCUACCCGCUUAGCAUCCCAGUAUAUAUAUGGAUUAGGAGAAACUGAGCACACCAUGUUUCGAAGUAACAUGAGCUGGCACACCUGGGGAAUGUUCACAAGGGAUCAGCCUCCUACUUAUGAGAUGAAUUCCUAUGGUAAUCAUCCAUUUUACAUGGCUCUUGAAGAAGAUAACAAUGCCCAUGGAGUCCUCUUGCUUAACAGUAAUGCAAUGGAUGUGACGUUCCAGCCGACCCCUGCCCUUACGUACCGCACCAUUGGAGGAAUUCUCGACUUCUACAUGGUUUUGGGCCCAACACCAGAACUUGUUGUUCAGGAGUACACUGCACUGAUUGGACGACCAGUCAUGCCACCCUAUUGGGCUCUGGGAUUCCAGUUGUGCCGCUAUGGAUACAGGAAUGACUCAGAAGUUGCCCAGCUGGUGGAGGAAAUGAAGACAGCUAGGAUUCCCUAUGAUGUCCAAUAUGUAGAUAUUGACCAUAUGGAAAGGCAACUGGACUUCACCAUUGGCACACGUUUUGCUGGACUGCCAGCUCUGAUUAACAAAAUAAAAGAAGAAGGAAUGAGAUUCAUCAUCAUCCUGGAUCCAACCAUCUCUGCAAAUGAAACCAAUUAUCCUCCCUUCUCAAGAGGUGUGCAGGACAAUGUCUUCAUCAAAUGGCCCAACACCAAUGACAUUAUAUAUUCCAAGGUCUGGCCAUUUCUUCCCAAUGUAGAAGUCAACGAGUCACUGCCUGAGCAAACCCAAAUAGAGCUCUAUGGAGCACAUGCUGCCUUCCCAGACUUCUUCCGCAAUUCCACAGUGGAGUGGUGGAAGAGAGAAAUCCUGGAAUUCUACAACAGUCCCACCAACCCCUCGAGAAGCAUCAAGUUUGAUGGCCUGUGGAUUGACAUGAAUGAACCAGCAACUUUUCUGAAUGGUGCCAUUGGUGGUUGUAGAAAUGACCUCCUAAAUAUGCCACCAUACGUACCUUAUUUGGGAUACCGGUCAGAUGGAUUAAUUGUCAAAACUCCAUGCAUGGAAGGACAACAAUACCUUCCUGAUGGUACCCCUGUUAGACACUACGAUGUCCACAACCUUUAUGGAUGGUCACAAACAAAACCUACGCUAGACGGUUUGCAGCAUGCCACCAAGGAGCGUGGGAUUGUUAUCACCCGUUCCACAUUCCCCAGUAGCGGAAGAUGGGCAGGACACUGGCUUGGUGAUAACAGUGCAGCUUGGGAUCAGCUAUCCAAAUCUAUCAUUGGCAUGAUGGAGUUCAGCCUCUUUGGAAUAUCUUAUACAGGAGCUGAUAUCUGUGGCUUCUUCAAAGACUCGGAGUAUGAGCUGUGUGCUCGCUGGAUGCAGCUGGGUGCGUUUUACCCAUUCUCAAGGAAUCACAAUGAGAAAGGAACAAGGAGGCAAGAUCCCGCUUCCUGGAACUCAACAUUUGAGGAGAUUGCCAGGAACGUGCUGAAUAUAAGAUACACCCUGUUACCCUAUCUCUACACAUUAAUGUAUCAUGCCCAUGCCCAUGGCAGCACUGUGGUCCGCCCCAUACUCCAUGAGUUUGUGGAAGACAGAACAACCUGGGAAAUAUACAAGCAGUUCCUCUGGGGACCUGCACUGCUCAUCAGCCCUGUGAUGCAACAGCAUGCUGUAACAGUGAAUGCUUACUUUCCCAAUGCCCGCUGGUAUGAUUACUACACAGAUGAAGAUAUUGGCUUUAGGGAACAAUUCAGAAUUUUACCAGCUCCUUUGGAACAUAUCAACCUACAUAUCCGAGGUGGAUACAUCCUUGCUUGGCAAAGACCUGCUAAUACAACUUUUUACAGCCGAAAAAACCCCAUGGGACUCACUGUCGCUUUGAAUGACGCUCUGUUUGCAGAAGGGCAGCUUUAUUGGGAUGAUGGGGUUCGCAUUGACGCAUAUGAAGAUGGUGUGUAUCUGCUGACGUCAUUUACUGCUAAUCAGAAUGUUUUAGCUAUGACGGUUUCACAUGACGGUUAUACUGAUCCAAACAACUUAAUGUUUACUGAAAUUAAAGUCCUGGGGGUGCCCACCAGCAUUACGCAGGUGACCAUAUCACAGAACGGCGAGACAAUCACAUCGCCCCACAGUGUGGACUACAACACCACCAAGAAGGGGAACUACCCCAGAGAACAGCCAGAUGCAAAGAGGACCCUUUGCAAAGGACCUGGGAAACUUCGCAAUGUGCAGCCAUUGCACUUAAAAGCUAACGCUGGCUGUGUCGAUCCCUCCAGCUUUGCUAACGCCCUCCUGCAAGACGAACAAACCCUAAGAAGGGUAAAAAAGUCCAGAAAACCUGCAAACCUCACGCAGCCCUACCAAGCUACGGAGGCGGACGGGGCAGGUCGAGCUUCCAGGGACACCCGUGAGCUUCAUCCGGCGCCCCAUCCUCCGACAUUUAAAACAGUAAGAGCGCUGCAAAGAGCAGCUGCCCCAGAGGCAUCCCCAGAAAACAGUGGCCUUCGCAACACAGCGCAUCACCGAGAGCAAACGUCGCGGGUCUUCGGGAGCCCAGCACUGCUGCAGCGUGCACCGGCAUCGCCCCGCGGGCACGCAGCGGUGAACCUCGGCUGCCUCAGAGGAGGUGUUCCGCCGGCUUUCUGA